CGUUGGCAAUGCCACACGCUUUCUUAUUUGACAACUUGUCAAUGGCCAUCACGUUGUGUGAAGUUUUUCGAAUUUUUGCGAAAUAAUUGGGAAAAAAUAGUUGAAAUUCGAUGUAAACGUAGUAAAACGGACACAUAUCUCUUUAAUAUUGGAUAUUUCGUAAUUUGCGCCAUAAAUAGCCUAUUUCAUCGAGUUCUGUUUAUCUGGCUUUGGCUGAGUAUUGAAAGCGCAGAGUGGCGCGCCCCAGGAAUAUCGCAAUUUUAUUUGGAGCAUAAAAACUGGUUUACCGAGCGUUGUCAUGGACAAGAAUAUUACAAUGGAUAGACGGUUCAGCUUAAAUAUGACGCAUUUGCCUAAUCCUAUCGCAGAAUCGACGUGUUUAAAUUUGAAUGGCACCACAACGAGCCGUGAGAGAAGCAGUGCUGCUAACCAAUUUCGCUGGGGAGGUAGUCCGAUAAGCACAAAAAAUCUAAGCAAUUCUAGUAUUAACUUAAACGGCACAGGUGCCCCGCCCAAAAGCAAGAGUACUAUCACCAGCCCACAACGCGCCAGAAUGAACCUUAGUAAAAUUGAUCCCAGGUAUUUAUUUUUCUACUAUACUUUGAUAUACGAUUUUUAACAUAAGUCCAAUCGC